AUGCUCAGAAGUGGGCGCGCAGAGGGGAUAUCGCUUCAUCUUUUUCUCACGUACGCUUUGUAAUUCCCGAUGACGUCACAAGUCGGUAUUGCGCGACUUUUCUGUUUCUUGACGCUUACCCUUUCUAUCGAAAGGCUUGUUAAUAUUUUAUAUAUUUAUUUCUAAUAAUUGAUAUACAUAUAUUUAUUUCUAAUUAUAAUUCUUUCUGUGUUAGAAUUUACAUGACGUAAAUGUGAUAGCAAUACAGUACAAAAUGAUUUAAUUCGAUAUAAUUGUUCUAAAUUGGAAUGCGGCUGUCUCGUUUAAAAUAUGACGAUACCGUCCCUCUCCGAGAGGGGCAUUGCAAUACAUCGGGAUUUCCGAAUUACGAUAGUAUUGUUGCUUAUUGGUAACACACUUUCACUUUUAAAUAACCGCCCACGAAAUAAGGAGGUUCGGCAGUCACAACCCGGCUAGCACACGUGGAGGUUCAGUGACAUUAUGAAGACUGCAAUAGUACUUCUUCUUUUGCAAUGCACCAUCUCUUUGAUGGCAGAGGAGGAAACCAGGGACCUGGAUAUCGAAGAAGGCGACGAUCUUGGAAGGAAACAUCGCAAAAGAAAGAAGCAUCAGCAGUACAAUAACCCAUGCUUUGGGGGGUACGGGAGGACUUUCGGAGGUUCCGACCACACAUACAUUUCAGCCCCUGUGAACAACUACUUCCUUGGUUGUGGUGGCGCGCCUGUAGCGCCUAUACAAUACCCGGUGCAAGUUGGCCAUCAGGGUCACCACGGCCAUCACGGUCACCAUGGCCACCAAGGUCAUCAUGGGCACCAAGGUCAUCAUGGGAACCAAGGUCAUUACGGGUAUCAAGGUCAAGAUUACUACAACCAAGGCGGUUAUCCGCCGGUGCAGGGGUAUUAUCAGCCAGUAAGGCCGUUCCAGAACGUGGUCUCAGCGGCGACAGCAGGCUUCGGCUCGGCUCUAGUGGAUUAUCUUGGAAGGCCGAAGAAGAUACAAAGACAAAUCAAUCAAUUUCUUCGUCCGAUAUACAAGUUGUUCUGAAGACCGCAGUGUGAAGUGAAGGUGUCACUUUGUGAACGUUGUUGUUGUGUAGUCUUAACCGUUACACGGUUGCCAUUAGAGGCAGCCAUAGUAUGUAAAACAGUCAAUAAAUACUCUAUACUUAAAAUAGAAGUAAAGUAACGCGUUGAAAUCGUUUGUGUAGAAAUUCUCUUAUUUUGUCAAAAGUGUAAAUAUGUUAGCAUUUUUGUAUGAACAUAUUUCAUGUUCUUGUUAGUUUAAUUGUAGGCUGAAGAAAUGUUGCGAGCUAUCUUACUAACGGUUGGACUAAAUGAUUAUCUAAAUUUCCGGAUAGAGUGCGGAAAUUGAUUGUUAAUCUAAAAAAAUAAUUAUUUUGAGUGGUGUCCUUUCUGGAUCAAUCCGAAGAUAGCGUUUAGGAUUGUUUUAUUUUCAUAUUUAUCAAUUCUCCGAUCGUCGGUAGUACACUCCACGUCCCGCUAGACUAAAUCAUAGCCAAAAUUGUGCGUACAAAACAACCAUGGCAUACUUAUAAUUGCGAAAUGAACGCUACAAGCUACACCUCGCCAUAGUUUCGACAUUCGGCUUUGUAUGGUCAAAUGCUUUUUCGAAAAGUAAGCCGCGUUUCUAUGGAAAAAAUUGUAUACCAUUAAGCCAUUGGUUCACAUAACUAUAAAUAGACAAAUCAAGUAGGUGUAAAAUGAAAGUUAAAUGGAGGAUGUUUUGUGAUUACUCGCGACCGUCCAAUAUCUUGUAGUAGGAUAAAAGGAUUUAAAAUAAUACAUAUGUUUUAUGAAUUUUUUUAUGUUUACGCGAAUGAUAGACAUUGAAAUAAAACUAUUAACGGAUCUCAUUUCGGGGUGUAUUAAAGUGGUAUUUUAUUAAAAAAUUAAAAUCCGUAAAUAGUUUUAUUUCAAUGUCUGCUUAAUUUUAUUUAGGAACAUUGUGGAUUUUUUUUAUAAAAAAAAGUAAUGUUCCGUGGAGUACUAUUGGAGUUAGCACGUACACGUACCAUUUUUUGUAAAUGGAUUAUACAAUACCACGUCGUGUGAAAAAAUUACUAUAAUAUUAAUGGCACAAUGUAUAAUUAGUAAUUUGUUAUUAUAAUUUAGAUAAGAUCUUUUUUUUUACAUAAAACAACAAAAAUAUACAAAAGACUUAAGUAUCAAGUAUUAAUAUAUAUAACAAUGACAAAUUAAACGCGUUUUUCCUUUGAUACCGUAUAAUUAUUAAUUUAUUUUGAGAAUAUAAUUAUUGUUAAUCUUUCGGAAAAUCCGUAGGUAGUUGUAUUUUUUUUGGUAUUAAGUAUCGAGCCUAAAACAACGUGUUGUUGGUGUUAGGGAAUGAUAUUGAACAAGCUAAUUUAGUGAAUUAUUCCAUCUACAGUCCAUUGUGAAUCGAAUUAAGUUAAGGGGACUCUUGUCUGUCUAUGGCGGUAUGGGGAAUUCGUUCGUUCCAAUUUCACGCACUAUAAUAAUUGUUUUAUUUUGUUUUGUAUAAUUUUGUCCGGGUUGUGUUUACGUAUUAUUUUGUAACGACAUUUAGCUUUAGAUCACUAUAAAUGUUGUUGUAAUGAAAUAUGUGUUAAUGUGUUACGUUGUCGUUACUUAAUAAAUAAAGGACAGCUUUGAAAGUCGUAUAAGUAAAUAAGGGAUGUUUUUCUCUUACCUAAUCGGCUAUCGAAGCUAUCCUUCGAAUAGAACGCUCGUAAUUUCAAAAAGACAAAUUCGUUCCUAAAGACGGAGUAAAGCCCGCUUACCUUAUUCAUUUAUUUAGCUUGUAUGAUUUACACGUGACUUUAGUUUCUCAGUUUUGGUUUGAACAAUAUUUUUGUAUAUACUAUCGUAUAUAUAGUAAACAAUAUAUCUAAUACUAUAUGUAACGUAGUUUAUAUGAAACACUUGAUAAGUACCGUGUAUUUUAUAAAUUAU